AGUCAAUAUGAGUAAACGAGUAAAGGCUUACUGUGUACUAGGAUGCACGAAUAAGCAAGCGAUAAGUUGAGAGUAAUAUUUACUAUUUAUCAACAUAAAAAUAUUUAAAUUGAAAUCAAGUUCAUAUCUAUAAGAGAAUAACUCUUUUUUUCCUAACUUCCUUAAUUUGUAUUUAUGAAAUCAUUUUGUUGAAUGGUUAAAUACGUUCAAUGAUUUUAUCCUUAAUUUACAUUUUACAUUUAUCUAUGUUGACACAUCAGUGACGUGUCAAGAUGUCAAGCAGGACAGUUAUAAAAUACUAAAUAAAGUUUUGUGAUUAAAUAAAAUUACCCUUUAAUUGAAUACGAUAAAAAUAGGUAUUUUAAUGUUAAAUUAGUGGUAGUGUGAAUAAGACAUGGUUUUUAUUUUUCAUUAAGUUAGAAAACCGACUUAGUUUGUAUUGAUAAGAUAGAUUUAUCUCCACUACCGGCUAUAACCUGCAAGCUUUUCUAUCCACGUAAAGAUGUUAGGAUUUGGGAAGAAAAAUCCAUUGCAACCCCAAAAUGCAAAUAAACAAAAAACUCUUCUUACUUUAACCAUACUUGCCUUAGCCGCUGUUCUUUCUUUUGCCACCAGGCUGUUUUCCGUAUUGAGGUUUGAAAGCGUUAUUCAUGAAUUCGAUCCUUAUUUCAACUAUCGUACAACCAAAUAUUUAGCAGAAAAAGGGUUUUAUUCUUUUCACAAUUGGUUUGACGAUCGUGCGUGGUAUCCCUUAGGAAGAAUUAUUGGAGGUACUAUUUAUCCUGGUUUGAUGGUAACAUCGGCAGCAAUUUAUCACUUAUGUUGGUUGCUCAAUAUUACUAUAGAUAUUAGAAAUGUAUGUGUUUUUCUAGCGCCUUUAUUUUCAUCUUUUACUACUAUUAUAACAUAUUUGCUCACUAAAGAAGUUAAGAAUUCAGGAGCUGGUUUGGUAGCAGCAGCUUUUGUUUCAAUUGUUCCAGGAUACAUCAGUAGAUCUGUAGCUGGUAGCUAUGAUAAUGAGGGUAUUGCAAUAUUUUGUAUGCUUCUUACAUAUUACACUUGGAUAAAAGCUGUGAAAACUGGGACUAUUUUUUGGGGAACCCUCAGUGCUUUGGCAUAUUUUUAUAUGGUAUCUUCAUGGGGAGGUUAUGUCUUUCUAAUCAAUUUAAUACCUUUACAUGUGUUAACUCUUAUGGCAACUGGUAGGUUUGGACAUCGCAUUUAUGUGGCAUAUAGUACUUUGUAUUGCGUGGGUACUAUUUUGUCCAUGCAAAUAUCUUUUGUAGGAUUUCAACCAGUUCAGAGCUCUGAACAUAUGUUAGCUUUAGGAGUAUUUGGCUUAUGUCAAAUAAUAGCAUUUAUAGACUACAUUCGUAGUAAACUAUCUAAGACAGACUUUGAAACUCUAUAUACAUUCUUAAUAUACACAGUUGGAAUUCUCACCAUAUUAGUUGGAGGUAUUUUGACAGUAUCUGGAAAAAUAUCACCAUGGACAGGAAGAUUUUACUCGCUGUUAGAUCCUUCAUAUGCCAAAAAUCAUAUUCCCAUUAUAGCUAGUGUUUCAGAACAUCAACCUACCUCUUGGAGCUCUUUUUAUUUUGAUCUGCAAAUUUUGGUGUUCCUAUUUCCGGCUGGUUUAUAUUUUUGCUUCAAACACUUGACAGACGCUAACAUUUUUAUGAUUCUGUAUGGAAUUACUAGCAUUUACUUUGCAGGUGUAAUGGUACGUUUAAUGUUGGUCCUUGCUCCAAUAAUGUGUAUCCUCAGUGGUAUAACUAUAUCUCAUUUACUUUCUAAAUUUAUGAAAAAUGUAGAUGUUCCUAAACAAACUGAAAAUAAAAAAUAUAGGAAAAUAGAAGCAAAUCAAGGCUUCAAAAAUGAAAUAUCUUCAAUAUUUGUUGGCAUUGUUACUGUCUUGUUGAUUUCCUACACAUUCCAUUGUACUUGGGUUACAUCAGAAGCAUACAGUUCUCCAAGCAUAGUAUUAAGUGCUAGGUCACAUGAUGGAGGAAGAAUAAUAUUUGAUGAUUUCAGGGAGGCUUAUUAUUGGUUAAAGAUGAAUACACCUGAAGAUGCUAAAAUCAUGUCUUGGUGGGAUUAUGGUUAUCAAAUAACAGCAAUGGCUAAUAGAACAAUUCUCGUUGAUAAUAACACAUGGAAUAAUACUCAUAUUAGUAGAGUUGGUCAGGCAAUGGCUAGUACAGAAGAGAAGGCAUAUGAGAUAAUGAAAGAGCUGGAUGUAGAUUAUGUAUUGGUAAUUUUUGGAGGCCUUACUGGUUAUUCAUCUGACGAUAUUAAUAAAUUUUUAUGGAUGGUUAGAAUAGGUGGUAGUACAGAUCGUGGUGCUCAUAUUAAAGAAUGGGAUUACUAUUCUCCCAGCGGCGAAUUUCGGGUAGACAAAGAAGGUUCUCAAACUUUAUUGAAUUGUUUAAUGUAUAAAAUGUGCUAUUAUAGAUUUGGUCAAGUAUAUACAGAAGGUGGAAAACCGCCAGGUUAUGACCGUGUGAGAGGGGCUGAAAUCGGAAAUAAAAAUUUCGAAUUGGAUGUAUUAGAAGAGGCGUAUACAACUGAACAUUGGUUGGUGAGGAUAUACAAAGUUAAAGAUCUUCCAAACAGAGGGGUGUAAAUCUACAUUUAUAUUUUACAUUUCUUUUUUUAUGUAACAUAUUAAAUAAACUCUUAUUUCUAA